AUGAAUGCUGCUGUAAAAAAAUUAACUUCUGUUGAAAAUGAAUAUUUAGAAAAAAGUGGAAAGAAAAGAAGACAAAAGACAAUAAUAGAAGAUAUAGAAAUUAAUGAUGAUACAAAUAAAGAAGUUAAAAAUAAUACAAGUAUUAUAAAUGAAAUAAGUAAUAGAUUCCAAAUAAAAAAUGAAAGUGAAGGAAAUUAUACGUAUCAAAAUAAGGAUAUCAAACAAAUAAAUAACAAGGAUAAUAAUAAAAAUGAAAAAUUAAAAGAUUUCAUAAAAAUUAAUGAUGAAGAAUCAGAAGAUGAUUAUGAUACAUUAGAAAUUAUACGACAAUUUAGUUCUAUUCAUAUUGAAUCUGACACUGAUAAUGAUAAAGAAAAAAAAUCUUAUAACAAGAAAGAAAAUAAGAACAUAAAAAUAAAAAAAAAUAAAAAUAACAAAAAUAAGAGAAGUUCUCUUAUUUUUGAUAUCUCAGAAGUAGAGUGUGUUGAAGAUGCUAUAAUAUAUGAUGAAUCAAAGGAUACUAUAUUUCCAGAUUUGAAAGAGUUAUUUUCAGAGUAUAAUACAAAAUAUUUUUUUAAUAAGUUAGAAACUGUUGAAGUGAAAUGGAGUAAUAAAAUGAAACUAUGCGCAGGAAUAUGCAUAUUUAAGAAGUCAGGUUAUUGUUGUAUUCGCUUAUCCCUUCCUCUUCUAAAAUUAAGAAAAAUAAAAGAAUAUAGAGAAACAUUACUACAUGAGAUGAUUCAUGCUUUCUUAUUUUUAACUAGAAAGAAUUCAAGACAUGACGGACAUGGCCCUGAAUUUAAAAAACAUAUGUAUAGAAUAAAUAAAGCCACUGGAUUAUCAAUUACUAUUUAUCAUAGUUUCCAUGAUGAAGUUAAUUUUUAUAGAAAUCAUAUAUGGAGAUGCACUGGAGUUUGUAGAAAAUAUCCUCCUCAUUUCGGUUAUGUCAAAAGAUCUAUGAAUAGACCACCAGGGCCAAAAGAAAAAUGGUGGAGAAGACACUCAUUAUAUUGCAAUGGUAAUUUUAUAAAAUUGAAUGAAACAGACUCUACUAAUAAUAAAGGACAAGGAGAUCUAAAUAAAAAAGAAAAUUUCAAAAUUAGAUUAGAAAAUAUAUUAGAUAAAAAAACGAAUAACAAUAAAAAUAAUGAUGAAUUUGAAAAAAGAGAUGAUAACUUACAGGAAGAUAUUAUAAAUGAUGAAAUAAUUAUUUUAGAUUCUAAAGAUUUUAAAGAAAAGAAAUAUAAUGAAGAAAUUGAUAUAGUUGAUUUAAUUAAAAAUUUAUUUAAUGAGAAUAAAGAAAAAAUAUUAUCAUUUCCAGAUAUUUCAAUAGAUUACCAUAAAGCAUUUCAAAGCCAAAAAUAUUUUGAAAUAGAUUCAGAUAACUAA